ACAGACGAAGUAUCACGUUACCUGUUCCAGUCUUACCAGCGUAAGGAGAUCAGGCUCACAAGAUUGGCUGAACUUCACUGAAGAUGUCUAAGCAACAACCAACUCAAUUUAUAAAUCCAGAAACUCCUGGCUAUGUUGGAUUUGCAAAUCUUCCUAAUCAAGUUCACCGAAAAUCAGUGAAAAAAGGUUUUGAGUUCACGCUGAUGGUGGUCGGUGAAUCGGGUCUAGGGAAAUCGACUCUCAUAAACAGCCUGUUCCUGACGGAUCUCUACCCAGAAAGAAUCAUACCUGGAGCUGCAGAGAAAAUUGAAAGAACAGUCCAAAUCGAGGCUUCAACUGUUGAAAUUGAAGAGCGAGGGGUCAAGCUGCGCCUGACAGUGGUGGACACACCCGGCUAUGGUGAUGCCAUCAACUGCAGGGACUGCUUCAAGACCAUCAUCUCCUACAUUGACGAACAGUUCGAGCGGUACCUGCAUGAUGAGAGCGGCCUGAACCGACGUCACAUUGUGGACAACAGGGUGCACUGCUGCUUCUACUUCAUCUCGCCCUUUGGACACGGAUUGAAGCCCUUAGAUGUCGCGUUUAUGAAGGCGAUACACAACAAGGUCAAUAUCGUGCCUGUCAUUGCGAAAGCAGACACUCUCACUCUGAAGGAGCGGGAGCGCUUGAAGAAAAGGAUUCUGGAUGAAAUCGAAGAGCAUAACAUCAAGAUCUACCACCUGCCCGACGCAGAGUCUGAUGAGGACGAGGAUUUCAAAGAGCAGACCCGGCUCCUCAAGGCCAGUAUCCCGUUCUCUGUGGUUGGGUCCAAUCAGCUGAUUGAAGCCAAAGGCAAGAAGGUCCGCGGCCGCUUGUAUCCGUGGGGUGUCGUGGAGGUGGAGAACCCAGAACACAACGACUUUCUGAAGCUGAGGACAAUGCUCAUCACUCAUAUGCAGGACCUCCAGGAGGUGACCCAGGACCUUCAUUACGAGAACUUCCGUUCUGAGAGGCUCAAAAGAGGCGGCAGGAAAGUGGAAAACGACGACGUGAAUAAAGACCAGAUCUUGCUGGAGAAGGAAGCUGAGCUCCGCCGCAUGCAGGAGAUGAUCGCCAGGAUGCAGGCACAGAUGCAGCUGCAGAUGCAGGGCGGAGACGGGGACGGCACGGUUCAUGGGCACCACGUGUGAGAAAACACUUUGCAAGAUAAAACAUUCCGGAGGAGUAAAACAGCUCUGUGUUUUCAAGAAAUUGUUGGAGAGGUGACCAUCCACAUCUUACAGUGCCUGUGGCCCAAGAAUUUAAUUUUUUAAAAAUCUUUUGAUGUGUUCUUUUAUAUGAAGUGCUUUUAGCAUUUGUAUUCAUUACUAGGGUAGACUUUAUAGUUUGUGCGUGAACUUUGCAUUUUCUUCCACUAACCAACCACAAAUGUUAGAAUGGAUUUCCAGGGCUCAGUCAGCUAACACGGUGUGGCUGGUCGUGGAGGAGCACUCUUGAUUUGUUUCUAGAACAUUCAUAUUUUCCCCGGAUGUUCCUGAGUGGUAUAGAGACAUGGACCUAGUGACAUAGAAGGUACAGCAGGGCCUUUUACUUAACCUGAGCACCACGUGGAGGUGCUUCCCUGCCUUGCUUCUGUUUGAGCACAACACCUAAGACCAGUAUUGCUGCUACGAUACAGCACCGUUAACUCACUUGUUCCUAAGUGAAAAAGUGGAAUUAUCUAAUGAGAUAUAUCCUUAUACUUAAAUAGCUUCCUUUUAAAAACAGGCUUUUAGGGGUAAAUUUUAGAAGUUUCAGGAUUCUUAUACUAGGUCAUUUUUUAAACCACUGGGCAGAGAGAACUUGCCACAGCCACUUUUUGUAGUGUUCUCACUAAUACUGGUUGUACUCUGCUAUGGAAAAAGAGUACCCAUAGCUCCAGUUUUCGUAUUGCAACUAAGAUUCUUACCAACACAAUGAGAGUUGGUAAACUCUUUUUACUCCACUAAAUUAAAAAACAACUUUUCCAGGAAUAUUAGCAGUUGAUCUCUUCAGAAACUGACCUUUUGUAUUUUUAUACUGCACUUUAAUAUAUUUCUGUAACUGCAGGUGUAGAAGAUCUGCCUCAGGAGUGGAAAUUGGGAUCCUUUGGUGGGUGGGUACCAAACCCAGACCUGUCACAGGCCCUGAGGUCUCAGCCCCAUGAAGCAAAGUGCCAUUCGGGUUUUCCUGAUUUGACUUUCCUUUGUUUCUUUUUUUAAUGACUUUCUGUUGGGAGGCAAAUUGCAGUGCUCAUUUUUUUAUGUGCACACUCUCUCGCCUGUUCACGGCCAUCGCCGUUUCCUUCAUUGUGUGUCACACAAAUCUCCCCAUCAAUCGUGUAAGCAAAGAGCAUUUCACAUGUACACGUGGGCUGGCUGCAGGUGCUGCCAGUCAGAGCGGCUUCAGGGGGUUUCCUGUGCUCUGUGGCCUUGACCCUUCCCUUCCCUCCUGGCAUGUCUCCAUCCCUCACUGUCUGGCACGCACUCAGAGGGUGCUGAUGCUCCAGGGCCUGCUUUUUUCCUACAUUUCUUCUGAAGUUGAGAAAGUGACAGAUGAAAGGAGAUCUGGAGGGAGCAGGUGCUCGUUCACUAUUUUCAUUUUGCUCUUAACAGGAGGGGUUAAAAUAAAGAAAAUGCUUUAUCCGAGGAUGGAGGAGAGUUUGUUGUUUUGGCCAAAAAAUAACAUGUCAAAAUGUUAGUUACAGAAGUGUGCUACAGAACUUGACCCCUCACGGUUAGCAGUUGUGGAAGUUCAGAAGCUUUAGGUUUAGGCACAUUGUGCAAAGUUUUUAACAGAAAGUGUUCCAUGGUUUGAGAGUACCUCCAAGGCCAAUUACUUGGGUUAUUUUGGCAUUUAUUAACUGCUGGUAAAAGCUGUGUAAAGGGAGGCAGGGGGACAUUUGCAAGUGGUCUGUGUAAGUCCUGUGUGUAUGAAUAAAACUCCUUGGGGCUGGCUGCCCCCUAGUAAUGGUUAUGUGGGAUGAGUGGACCUACAGCUUUACACUUUUAAAUCUUUUUUUCUUUUGUGCCCAAGCCUAAAUAGUUUUGCUAAUUUUUUUUUACUAAGCAAUACUCUUUACCUAUAGAAACGUACUUUGAAAACAUUUUACACAGCCAUUUUAUAUCCAUUGAAACUAACCUUUCAUCAAUAAAGUACUAUUGUUUGGAGGUUAAA